AUGUUACAGAAAACUCGGGGGAAGUACCUUUUAAUCACCGACUCGACACAGAAAAUACCCAACGUUAACACGAGGUCAGGAGCAAAGAAAGUCCUCUCGUCAUCCUCUUCGUCCUCAACUUCCAGCAAACCUCCAUCUACAUGCAUUUCCAUCCAUGCCAACGGAAACCUAGAAGAACCAUCACCAACUUGUGAAGUAAAAGAAAAGGAGACCAUUCUCAAAUAUGUACCACCGCCAAUCAACAAACAAACGACAAAACUGCAGGGCAUGGCAGUACAACAAAACCAAAGAAAACUAAAUAUCGGAGGAAAGAGAUUUGAAACCAGCACAACCACGCUACUAUCUGGCUCCGAUUCGCUUCUAGCAGAUAUAAUGCAGCCAGAUUCACCUAUGAAGCCGCACGAAGUGAAUGGAAUGAAUACUUUGUGGAUCGUAAUUCCUGCUACUUCGACUUCCUUUUGGACUAUUUGGGAUCCCCCAGAAUGUAUCGGCCCAGUGAAAAUUAAGCUUUUGUUAAGACAAUUGCACGUGGAGGCGUCUUUUUACGGACUUGCAGGUCUGAUGUCUGUUAUUGAGAACAAGGCCAACAUAGAAGGAUCUCUAUGGGAAGAGUGA